GUCGAGGACCACAAUAAGAUGUCAGGACUAAUAUAGCCUGUGCUUCCGGGCUGUCGAAAAGACUACACUGGUUCUCUCACUAAGCUCGUUCAACUGAUUUCGCAGUCACCUUUGCAACCUCAAUUACUUCUCCAGUUACCUCUCACUACGUCCCCAACUCUGGGGAUAUGAUAUAUAAGAAGGCUAUCCCCAAACAACCCUUCUCAAGGUUCCCGUCUUCCCUUCUCGUCCUUCGCCCCAACUCUAUUGCCUUUUUGUCAUUCAAGUUCUGGCGUAAUUUCUUACUUUUCAACCAUGCGGUUACACCUCAGGGGUAUGGGGGUGCACUACAAGACCACAUUCAUCGUGAUACUUUGUCAGUCUCUUACAACAGUGUUUGCGCAGCAACACUCCUCACCUCCGAAUGAAGGUCUCAGGGCUGCAUCCAGUAUAGAAUCUAUGCUACAGCAUGCACCAGUAAAGCAACAAGCGAUUCUAUCCCAGGCCCUUGGUCUCAUUCAUUCUAUGCAAUCGUCACCAACAUGUCACCGUCUUGCUGGCCUAACCCUCGUUAACGAUUGCCAAUCAUUCAAAGAUGCCCAUACCGACACAUCUUCCAGUUCCGAGGCAGUUCUUGAGGAGGUCAAAUCAGCAUAUGCUGCGAGGCUUGCAAUCUGCGAACUGAGAGGCGCCAAAGCGGUAAUACCCCGAGAAUGCGAGAUCCUUGUGCCAUCAUCACGAGCGUGCGUUAAGCAUAGGUUCAGCUCUUUCUUCUCCCGCCAAGAGCGACCCACAGCUGAAGUUUGUUAUCCGGACGCUUCCCGUGCGCAAUUCGAUCGGUGCUUACGAGCCUUGGAAUCAAAGCCGCAGUGGUGGACCUCAUACAGCAAUGCGAGGCAGAAUGCGGUAGUCAUGUGUUAUGCAAGCAGGAGCGGCAUUGAGAGAGACGAGAAAUUAUCUCUUUACGAAUCCCUAGCCGAGGUCGCCCUCGACAUAGAAUCAUCUUUAGCGAAAUCUGCCCAGGAAGCACAAGCUCGACUCAAUGAGCAAUUGGAAUUCGUCGAGAAGAUUCGAAUGUCUGAGAUCCUGGCCUUACAGGACAUUCGAGCGAGCCGUGAGGCAACCCACUCGAUCUUCGACCAGCUUAAGAAUAUGCUUCAGUCCUUCAAGGACAUGCUUGUGGAGACUUCUACAUCCUCGGAAGCGUUAGCAAAGAACCUUAAUGUGUCGGACGCGAGCGUCGAAAAAGCUCGAACCGACCUUCAAUCCUUGUUUACGGAAGUCGCUGAAGCAACCUCACAACAUGUAGCCACUCAUACCCAAAACCAUAAUUUAGCCAUGUCGAUCCUGCAAAUGCAUCAUGAGAUGGUGCUUGCAAUCCAACUAAAUCAUGAGCAACUCAACACACUCACUCAAGCAGUGGGCAACCUUAGAGACGACGUGGACCAGUCAGCCAAGCAAGCGAAAGAAAUUCAAGACAUCCACGGGGAUAUUACCCAGCAUGUGAGCCGCUUGAAUGGAACUUUCAAAACCCUCGAGACUACGGCUGGGAACUUGCAAUCAGCAAUUGAUGCAACUACCGAGACUAUCCAAUUAUUAUCUACGUUCGGCGGACUUGCAAGCAACCCUAAGCUUUGGGGUGGAGCUCUGCUUUUUCUUCUAGGGCUCUGGUUCGCUAGUCGAAGGAUUGCCGGAAUCUUCAUGGCAUUGGCUGGUCUAUCAUGCUUGCUCUACUCUAUCGGCAUCUACGAGUGGCUUGGUUCUGUUCUAACACUUAACACGGACAUCCAUUCCAUAGCAUGGUUCGCUAUCACUUCGUUUAUUACGGACCGGCCACCACUGCUUUGGAUCUCAUUAGGGCUAGCUGGUAUCUGCCCACUGUCCAUUGUUGUGUGGUCAUAUGUCGAUGCGGCAUACAUGUACAAAUACGAAGAUGAGCAAGGCGCGAAAGGGGUUUUGCCCAGCAUUGAGACUCCCGAAUAUCCAGCGACUCCACAACCUCAAAGACGACAUGGCUUUGACCCAUUUCGUACAGUACGAUCUAUGUUUUAAAGGUUUCUGUUCCCAGCGGCACUUCAACAUAGAGCUCCCUGUCUCUUCAUGGUGUUCCUUUCCGGUCCAAAGCGGCAGCCCGCAAAAGUCCUACCCUGAGCAGCCCACAGGUCCUCACCCAUUUUUUAAACAAUCAUCCUUAGCGUUUUAAACCUCAUCGUAUACGCUUAGUCGAUAAGUGAGAUCGUCGAAAAGACUGCAAACUACUUCAUCUAGACAUCCUACCUCUAUGAAGUGACCAGCUACCAGCAAUUCCAGGUUCAAGGGUCUAGCACAGUCACGAUUUCAGCAUUUCUUUCCCAGCCUAGCUUGGCCUCAUCCGUUACUUGCACAUAUUCGGACUUUAUCUUCCCCUGACAAAUUUCAACACUUAUCUGCGUCUACAACUAUUCCUUUCUGUUCCUCCUUUAGCGACUCUUCCAUUCCUUUUCCUUCGGUAUAUACAUAUAUAUAUAUAUUCGGAUACUUAUCUACACAUACAAGUCAG